AUGAAGACUGCUCUGGGGUCAGCUCGACCCUGGCUCCACUCAGCUGGACUGACAGAGGUCAACCUUUCUGCUCAGAGAGGUAUUGGUCUUGCCCGGGCGCACCUUGAGAAACAGCCGCCCGCCAACCUGCGCAAGUCAAACUUCUUUCACUUUGUGUUGGCUUUAUAUGACAGUCAGGGUGAAUCUGUGGAGAUAGAGCACACUGCGUUUGUGGACUUUGUUGAAAAGGAGAAGGAGCCAGUAAGUUUAAAGACAAAUAAUGGAAUCCGUUACAAACUCCAGUUACUGUACAACAAUGGUGUCAGAACUGAGCAAGAUCUAUACAUCCGUUUGAUAGACUCUGUGACCAAGCAGGCAAUUGUGUUUGAAGGUCAAGAUAAAAACCCUGAAAUGUGUCGUGUUCUUCUCACUCAUGAGAUAAUGUGCAGCCGAUGUUGUGAUAAGAAAAGUUGUGGAAACAGGAACGAAACACCAUCAGACCCCAUCAUUAUUGACCGGUUCUUCCUGAAAUUUUUUCUCAAAUGUAAUCAAAAUUGCCUGAAGAAUGCAGGGAACCCACGAGACACACGUCGUUUCCAGGUGCUGGUCUCUACCACAGCCUCUGUUAAGGGCCACGUUCUAGCCAUUUCAGAUAACAUAUUUGUCCAUAACAAUUCAAAACAUGGCAGAAGACCAAGAAGGUUUGAGCUGACUGAAGCUGAGGUCCCCUGCAUUAAGGCUAUCAGUCCGAGUGAAGGUUGGACGUCAGGUGGAGCCUCAGUGAUUAUUAUUGGAGAUCAGUUCUUUGAUGGUCUUCAGGUGGUUUUCGGAACAGUGAUGGUCUGGAGUGAGGUCAUCACACCACAUGCGAUUCGUGUGCAGACUCCACCUCGUCACAUCCCUGGUGUUGUAGAAGUUACACUGUCCUACAAAUCCAAACAGUUCUGCAGGGGACCUCCAGGACGCUUCAUUUACACUGCUUUAAAUGAGCCAACCAUUGACUACGGGUUCCAGCGUCUGCAGAAGGUCAUUCCUUAUCAUCCAGGCGAUAUAGAAAGACUACCAAAAGAGGUCUUACUGAAGAGAGCAGCUGAUCUCUUAGACAUGUUUUAUGGAAUGCCUCACAACAACCAGGAGAUGAUUCUGAAGCAUACAUCCGAUAUAGCAGAGGUACUCCACGCCAUCCCACAAAACCCAUCCCACACAAAUUCACACAGAAUGAUGGGUGUUAACUACUUUGAUGCACAGUUACCCGUGAACACAGAAGUUUCACAGGAUGUAGAACGAGCGGGUUUCAGUCGGAGUUCAAACAGUGACUUCAUUGCAGGCAGUACAUCCCAACAGUCUGAAUUCAAUAAUACCAACACGUGCAUGAAUGGACACACACAUUCGCAUGCACACUCCUCUAUGCAAAGGCACACGCACUCAAACACACACCCGUCCAUGGCUGGGCACACACAAACACAUGCACGCCCUUCUGUGUCAAACUUCUCUGUGGCUGCCACACAGCCAUUCUUAGAGAGUCCCACAGCAGACACACAACACUACAUCGUGAAGCAAAAAAGUGGAGCAUUUGCUCCAGUUCUGAAGCUGCAGUCCUCAAAAGCACAAGCUUCAAGUCUUCCCAUCUGCACGCCUGGAAUGGACCAGUGACACCAGUCACACUCUCACAUGGACACAUGGACAAAACUCCAUUCAGAAGUUGUGAUCUUUGUAGUCAGGGAACAAGGUUCUCUCAGUGCAGGCAAUACAAA